AUGAGGAGACAGACCAGGAGGAGACAGACCAGGAGGAGACAGACCAGGAGGAGACAGACCAGGAGGAGACAGACCAGGAGGAGACAGACCAGGAGGAGACAGACCAGGAGGAGACAGACCAGGAGGAGACAGACCAGGAGGAGACAGACCAGGAGGAGACAGACCAUGAGGAGACAGACCAGAGGAGACAGACCAGGAGGAGACAGACCAGAGGAGGAGGAGACAGACCAGGAGGAGACAGACCAUGAGGAGACAGACCAGGAGGAGACAGACCAGGAGGAGACAGACCAGGAGGAGACAGACCAGAGGAGACAGACCAGGAGGAGACAGACCAGGAGGAGGAGAGACAGACCAGGAGGAGACAGACCAGAGGAGACAGACCAGGAGGAGACAGACCAGGAGGAGACAGACCAUGAGGAGACAGACCAGGAGGAGACAGACUGA